AAGAAACGUGCUUCGAGAGACGUUCGCUCGAAGUCGAGUUAAGCAAGUUGGGUUGACUAACUGUGAAAAGCGUUUAAAAAAGGAGUGUCCUCUUGGACGAAAGGGAAGGAACGAACACUUAUUGAAUAAGAAUCGAAUGAAGUAAACAGCGGUUAUCCUGAAACAGACAUGCGCACAUUUAUCUGGUGCUUUAUAUUUAUCGUGUUGCUAGUCGUUCAAUGCAUUCAGGCUGGAGAUAACGACGAUCAAGAGGAAAACGGUUCUUCGCGGUCGGUUAUCCCAACAAGAAGACGAGGAGGUCGUCAUCGAAGACAUCACGUGUUAAGCCCACGUGACCGCCGUGCAUUACGUCAUCGUUAUAACUCAGUCCUAGCUAUUGGUGUUGGUCUUGGUGUUGCUGGAGGAUGGAUUUGUGUGGCGACGCUUGUUUACGUUGUAAGAUACAUGAAGGCAAAGCAAGCAGCAGAAAACAGACAGGSUCUAGAAGGGGAUGACUUACUUUAAACUACGAUAACGAAGGAAGAUUUGUUAGAUACCGGAAAAAGGAGAAAAAUGGACCUUUUCAAAAUUUAGAGUACCUAGCCGCCAUCUUGAAAAAACCAAAUGAGGCUUACGUCACUCGUCAUCAUUCUGCUCUCGGGCGUAACUGAACGAGAUGACUGGGACAGAGGGUGCCCGUGCGAUGAGGAACUCUAGAAUAAACUUUAAAGGAUGAUUUAUAUUUAAAAAAUGAUUGACUAAAAUGUGGUAAAAGCGGUAAAUUUGUAUACACCUUAACACGGUAGUCAUCAUUCAAAAAAACCAAUGCAUUGCAAGAAUAUUUUUAAAAGAGUGUUUUAGUUAAACAGCUUAGAUCAGGGAUGUAGUUCUACUAAACAUAUCAGUUAGUUGAGAGUUGAAUCGUAUUUGAAUACAAUAUCGAAAGCCGAACUUUUCAAUGCGCUCGGCUCAGUUAAUUUUAAAACUGGCCAGUGGUCAAUCCAGCCCUACGCAUGGGCAAAACAUUACAGUUCAUGAUAAUUGUUAAUAUAGUAUAAUCUUAUUUUUUACUGUGUAAAGAUAAAAAUAAAUAAAAUUUGGAUUACAUUGAA